CGCUACCUGCAGGGGGAGCCCGAGCCCGGGCGGAAGGGCGGAGGGGUGCGCGGCCAGGCGUAGUGGGCUGCGAGGCGGCGAUGCGGAUUCCUGGCGGUGGGGGUCGGGGGCACUGCGGGGUCGGAGGGACGCAGAGCGGAACCCACGCGAGCGACUGGCGUUAGAGGCUGGCUCCCACUUGGCACACCUAGGCUUCUGGCUGCUGGUAUGAAAGUAGGAUUUACUGUCUUAAUCAGAGAAUCCGCUCAGUAAGCCUGAGGCCACUUUGUGAGAAACUACAGAAAUGGAAACGUUAAAAUCUGAGACCAAGAAGAGGGUCCUCCCCUCGUGGAUGACAGCCCAGGUGGUUGAGAAGAGGCUGGUGCCUGCAAAGACUCCCAAGAGGAAGAGGACAGCAGAGCCAGCGAGGACAGCGAGAUGCCUGGCAGUGAAGACAGUGUACUGCAUGAAUGAGGCUGAGAUGGUGGAUGUGGCCCUGGGGAUCCUGCUUGAGGGCCACGCAUGGGAGAAGCCCCAGGAGGAGUUGGCUGUGGGGGGCACUGAGAAAGCCGAGCUCUGCCCUGCUGGCCCCUGGUCCCCUCACACAAGUUCUGGUGGCAACAGCGAGGAAGAGGACAGUGAGAAUGACAGGCCCACCCUGGGUCUCAGCUCUUCCCAGAGGCCAGGGAUGCCCACCUCUGCCUGCAACAGGGACCCCAAGCAGGAGGAGGAAGAGGAGGUGAAGGAGGAGAAGGUGGAGGAGGAAGAAGAGGCGGAGGAUGUGUUCAAAUAUGUCAGGGAGAUAUUUUUCAGCUAAGGGAUGAAGCACCUGCUGACUUUCUGCUGUGGGAAGCUGGACCCAGCUUGGGCUGCCUCCAUGAACCUGGCUGAGUCAUCUUACCUCAGAGGCCCCAGAUGCUCUGGGCCUUGGGGACUUGCCGCCCUGGGCCGGCUCCCGGCUUAGCAGGUCUGGAAUCCCAGGCAUUUGUUGUGUGAAGUUACCAGAUUCCAGGGGAAAUGAGGCCAUGGGGUUCAGCUUACUAGAACCAAAGGCAGCCUGAUACUGUUCAGGGAAGAGCAAAGCUGCGAAGCACACUGGAAUGUGUAGACUUCACUCGGCACAGUCUCGGGGGAGGCCUCUGUCCCCCGGUAGUCUGUCAGGAGCGCCAGCUCUGCCUGCAGACAGGGAACUGGACAGGCCCCCCUCCCCAAAGCCGCCACCUUCUUGUGAAGUGUGAGUGGAACAGGAGCACAGAGGACAGACCACAGACAAAAGACCAAGCCAGAGCCCACGUUUCUGUCUGUAUUCAGUGUGGCUUUUUCCAGGUAUAGAAUGAGGAAAUCAUUCUAAUAUGUCAAUGCUGAAAAAUACACAAAAUCCCCCAUCGCCCGAGUCCUUACGCAUCUGUUCUUUUGGUUCUGGGUGGAGAAGUGAGGGGAACCAUUCAGUCAGGCUCCCUUUGCUUGCCUGCAGCAACAUUCUGUCUUGAAUUCCUAGGUUACAUAAUGGUAGUGGGUGGCCGGCUGACCCCGCACUAUCUGCUUCCAGCCCAGGGACCUUUUUAGAGGACCCUGCAAAGUCAGAAGCAUCUCUUCACGCCCCUUGUGUUUCUCUGUUGGAUCUCUCGACAGUCAUUCUUGGGCCUUUGGAAGUGGCUCCCACAGCCACUCAGCACAGAGCAAGUGCGGGUGCUGCAGACCUGGAGAUACUGAGGUGCUUUCAGCAUGGUCCUCUUUGUUGCCAUCAACUUUCACGAGGCUCUGGUUUGGUGAUCUGGUAAAUCAGCCUGGAAAUAACCAUGGCAGGAUUCCUUCCUUCUCCCCCAUCCUGAGUUUAGAGCAAGAAUUGCCCAUGUGGUUAAUUAAAGCAAGAAUCCAUGUGACAGUGA